ACGUGCAGAACCCUCUGGAACGGAAAAUUUCAAGCGGGCUGCAGGACCUCCCCGAGAAAAGGAGCUCUGCCAUUCGCUGCUCGUCCUUUUGUCUCCAUCCUCCGGCUUAUAUAAGAGGACGGGACCGGUGCGAUUCACUGAACCCAACGCACGAGGGAGACUUCACUGCAGCUCGGAGAUCCACGUGCUCACGAUCUUCUCGGCUUUAAAACUUCGAAGAACCAAAGAAAAUCGUCUCGCUGCUUCUGGAUUACUUGAUUUAUUAAAGACUUGAACCAUGUCCGUGAACAUCCACAUCAACAGUCCCAACGUGAAGUACACGGAUACUCACAUUUUUGCAAAGUAUUCUUAUGAGAGCACCUCCGUGCAGCAAGACGGGAGCAACAUCACGGUGACUCCGCGCUCCACGGAGAUGACGUUUCGCACCGAGCGGCAGGUGCCGCGGCUCGGCGUGAUGCUGGUGGGCUGGGGGGGCAACAACGGGACCACCGUCACCGCGGCCGUGCUGGCCAACAAGCUGGGGCUGACCUGGAGGACCAAGAACGGGGAAAAGAGAGCAAAUUAUUAUGGCUCCCUGCUGCAAUCCUCUACAGUCUGUCUGGGAUCUGGGUUGGAGGGAGAAGUAAAUGUUCCUUUCCGCGACCUGCUCCCCAUGGUUCACCCAAACAACAUUGUCUUUGAUGGCUGGGAUAUCUCCUCCAUGGAUCUUGGCAGAGCAAUGGAGAGAGCUCAGGUCCUUGACUGGUCUCUGCAGGAGCAGCUGCGACCUUACAUGAGCUGCCUAAAACCAAGGCCAUCCAUCUAUAUCCCAGAAUUCAUUGCUGCAAAUCAGGAGAGCCGAGCAGACAACGUCCUGACUGGAACUUUGGCAGAGCAGUUGGAGCAGAUCCGAGCUGACAUUAGGGACUUCAGACAGUCCAGCGGCGUGGACAAAGUCAUCGUUUUGUGGACAGCAAACACAGAGCGCUUCUGUGAUAUUGUUCCAGGCGUCAAUGACACAGCUAAAAAUCUACUGGCUGCCAUCCAGGCUGGAGCCGAAGUCUCUCCUUCCACUCUGUUUGCAGUGGCCAGCAUACUGGAGGGCUGCGCCUACAUCAACGGCUCUCCGCAGAACACAUUUGUCCCUGGAGCAGUGGAGCUGGCCAUGCAGAGAGGCGUCUUCAUCGGCGGCGAUGACUUUAAGUCCGGUCAAACCAAGAUCAAGUCAGUGCUGGUGGACUUUCUGGUCAGCGCAGGCAUCAAGCCGACCUCCAUCGUCAGCUACAAUCACCUUGGCAACAACGAUGGGAAAAACUUGUCAGCCCCACAGCAGUUUCGCUCCAAAGAGAUUUCCAAGAGCAAUGUGGUUGAUGACAUGGUCCAGUCCAACCCCAUUUUGUAUAAGCCUGGAGAGAAGCCUGACCACUGCGUGGUGAUAAAAUAUGUCCCUUAUGUGGGAGACAGCAAGCGAGCCAUGGAUGAGUACACGUCAGAAAUCAUGAUGGGAGGACUCAACACUAUUGCACUGCACAACACCUGUGAGGAUUCUCUCCUUGCAAGCCCCAUCAUUCUUGACCUGGUGAUUCUAACUGAGCUUUGUCAGCGUGUGAGUGUCAAGCCUGAGGGAGAAGAGGACUUCCAGUCUUUCCACAGUGUCUUAGCCCUCCUGUCCUUCCUCUGCAAGGCCCCACUGGUGCCAUCAGGGACCCCUGUUGUCAACGCCUACUUCCGUCAGAGAGCGUGCAUUGAAAACAUCAUGAGGGCCUGCCUCGGUCUGCCUCCUCAGAACCACAUGAUGCUUGAGCACAAGCUGCAGAGGAACUUCCUGUCUGCACACACAGCCUUUGUCAACAGCGACAUGGCUGCUUUGAAAAAGUUUGCACUCCCCAAUGGGAAACAUGUACCCACGCCGCUCACAAACGGCAUCCAUGCACACGAGAAUGACACUGCUUGUGCUCUUUGAUUGCACAUUUUUAGCUAAAACAAAGUGCAAAAAUACUGUAAACUUAUUUUUUUAUUGGAAAAAGUACUUUGUGAUCAAAUAAAAACAGUUAAAAAAGACAUUUGAGAAGUCAAAUAGCUUUUUAAAUAAUAAGAUUUAGAAUAUUGUUAAUAGAUACUCUUCAUGUAGAAUACAUGUGUUAAAAUGCUUUUUAGUCUGUGAUAUAAUGUAAAGUUUACUAUGCUGCUGUGCCUCAGUACUGUAAGUCAAGUAGUUUUCAUGUUUCAAACAAAUGUGAACUACAACUGUAUACUGUGCUGCAUUCCUGAAAAAUAGCGUUUUAAAGAUAGAUUUAGGUUUUGGUUUAUUUUGUUUUUUUUUUUUGUAGUCUUGCAUCAUUGUGUAAAAUACCUAUUUAUAUAAAAUAAAUAAAAGUAUUGAUUUGUCUAA